UAACUGCUUCAUUGAUAUGAUGAUUUGAAUUUCCUAUUGAUUGAUGUAAUUUCCCUUCAUUUCAUGGAAAACAAAGUUCAGUAAGGACUUUUUCCCUUAUGUAAGCUGAAACAAACAAGCUGUUGAAAGUAACCAGGGUUACUUUGACGUAAGCCAAGAACUCAGAAGGCUUGCGAUCCGGCAAGUAUAAUUCCAUCAGGAUGCCCGUAUCCGAACACGGAACUGCGGAAGACACCACCUCGUCAGACGAUGAAGAUAAAGAGGAGAGAAAGUUUUAUCGGAAACCAGACAUCUUCAAAGUAGAAGUGAAUGGAGGAAAUGGCAACAUUGCCAUUGGACGAGAUGCAAAGCUUGUAGCAAACCAAGUCCAGAACGACACUUUUAAUGUGUCCAAAGUCCUAGAGCAUUUUGAUGCAUUUCUGCAAGAUGUUGCAGACUCUCGAGGUCCAGAAAAAGAUCGAAUGGAAAGCUUUGUUUUGGCAGAAGUUCUACCACAAAUUGAAAGACACGCCAUGAAAAGUGGUGGAAACUGUAAUGACACAUUAGAGAUUUUGGCCAGACUUGGUUCACCAACCCUCAGAAGUCCUAGAAUUGCGAAGUAUGCAUUGAAGCUUCUGGAAAAGUUUAUUGCCAUUGAUAUUGGAAGGGAUGUAACAAAUGCGUACCUUGUCGAAGUGGAAAAGUGGCUUCGCCAACCAAUUGUGGACGGUAGUUUUAGAAGCGAGUUAAUGCAUGACCAGAGGCGCCGUAUGAAUGUCUACUGUAAUGUUCUAACAGCAAUGCUGAUAGGAAGAGCAAGGGAACAUCUCUCUUAUCCUUACAAUAAGAUUGACAAGGAGGAAAUCGCUACUUGUAAGUUAGAAACAGAGAAGAUCCUUCGUCACUGGCCGCAACCAAGAAAGUAUCGCAAACGCCUCUCUUUAGAAAUCAUCUCAUGCCUCUUGGAACGUUUGCUUGACAAAACAAGAAUGCACAAACGAUUGAAGGAACUUCUAGAUUCUUGUGAAACAAUGCUUAAAGACGGUUUUGUGGAAGAAGACGUUGACUCCUUGCUGGAAAAWGUUAGUCGAAUGGAGAAUGGUGCCGUUGAUCUGUUUGUUAUAAUAAAAGUGCUUCAAGCCAAGCUAUUUAAUCAGCCAAGUGCAUAUAGAUUUUUCAAGACCAUCACAAGCAGGCAUCCCMUUUUUGCUCCAUCUUGGAGUGCCAAACGUGAGCGGGAUGAUUGGUCCUUUGCACUUCUUGCUUGCGAGAUAUUUGUCAGCGUGACUGUCAGCCACAAUUUCAAAACUACAAGAAUAGACGCUGCUCAAAGUCUUGAAAGGUUUUGUAGCAYAAAGGCUUACAAUAAAUCUGGUGUAGUACAUGCCAUUGUGACAAAGUACGUCACAAAAGCUAUGUUCGCCUAUGAUGUCGAAUCGCGCCGAUCYCUUUUGGGAAAACGACACCAAGACGAGCUGGAAGAGAAGCUUUCGUUAGAACUUCUCAGAAAAAGAAUUUGUGCAUCCAACCAAAAGGGUUACUUGGAAAUUAGCGACACUAUUUGUGAAAAAGAAAAACAUGUGACAWUGAGAGGUAGAUAUAACGACAAGCCAGUUGCUGUUAAAAUAAUUUCUGCACCUGUGUCCAGGUUGCUCGCUGCACAAGAUUGCCAAGGGUCGGCAGCUGAAAAGGCGAUGGAAAAUGAAAUCUCUGUYAGGCGAUAUCUAGAAAAGUCUGAGCAUGUGCCCUUGAUGUAUGCCGCUGAUACCAACAAUCUGCCUUACCAUUUUAUAAUGGAACACGCUGAAAAUGGUGACUUGCGCAGUUACCUCUUAAACCGUCGUGAAAGAAACCCUCCGUCAUACAGACAGGUACUACAGAUCUGCCUUGAAAGUGCAAAGGCAAUGGUCUUCGUACACAAGAAACGCGUUGUCCACAACCAAUUACGCGCAGAACACCUAUUGGUCGGUGCAACCCACGAAUGCAUCAAGAUUACUGGUUUUGGACAAGCAAGGCUAUUAAAAGAUAAGGAGUUUGAAGAAGGCUACGAAGGAGAAUGCCUUGAUCCUCAAGACCCAUCAAUCAGAUGGACGGCACCGUGGGGUCUUCAAAAUCCUCCAAUGUGCUCAUCSCAAUCUGACAUAUGGGCAUUCGGCGUCCUUAUGUAUGAAAUAAUUACUUGUGGGGGUCUGCCUUAUGCAGAUAGGAAUCUGCAAAACGUCCGUGAAGAUGUACAUGCUGGACGUUAUCUUUUAAAAGAAAAGCACAUGAAGGAUGGGUACUACACUCUCAUGCAGCGUUGCUUUGGRCAAGGUCCGUUAUCYUUCCUGGAMAUCUGCACUGACCUUCAAAAACUGAUUAAUCAGUGUGACGAAAGAGAUGAUCGUCCGAUGAGAAUACCUGAGAACAUUGCCACAGUCCAAAAAGAAACUUAUAAAGAUUUGUACCAGAACGUAAUUGCCGACGACAACACUUCCUCUCCAUAUCCACAGCCAGAGGGCAAUGAAGCUUUGCACCAGAACGUAACUUGGGACAACGGAGUACCUCUCCCUGUUGACAAAUAUCAAAAGACGCGACCCAAAAGGCUACAAGUAACCCUCAAGGACAACAGCGUACAUCAUACCAACAAACUUUUGCAGCUAGACCAUCCGCAUCUUGUUAAAAUUUUGAAAGUGAAGAAGAAGAACAGCAUCAAGGUUAUUAGUCUAGAAUAUCCUGGYGAAAGCCUUGGAGAACACCUCAAAAGCCGUCGAUACACUGUUGAUGAUUUGACAAGAUUUUGUGCCCAGAUAUGUUCAGCCUUAAACUAUCUCCACUCGCAAAACAUAGUGCAYUGUAACCUUACGCCAGACAACGUUGUUGUUGUCAAUGGAAGACAUGUAAAACUAGCUGGUCUCCAGUACACAAGAAGUCUACGUCUAUACCAAGAUAAUAUUGCCAUAUGCACAAAUAGGGGAGAUCUAGAAGCACACCUACACCGCUGGCACGCCCAAGAGGUCAUYCAAGAAGGUCUUUUCUCAAAGGAAAGUGACAUUUGGUCACUUGGCAUGCUGAUGUGGGCAAUCUUUUGCUCCCUUGACAAUGAAUUGAAUUCACAAGAUAUAAAGCCAUUUCCACAGUACGAAGACAUCGAGAUUUUAAGAAAGUURAAGUAUGGUUUACGCCCACGUCAAACGUCUGAAUGUCCCGAUUGGAUGCAUAUUGUCAUGACUCAGUGCUGGCUCCAGCGMACCUAUGAAAGAGCUUCUUCGCUUUCAAUAUUGGAAUGUUUAACUCAAAGGUACAAAGCUUUGAUUUUAUUCACAGUAUGAACUUGCUAUAUUCACAUAGAUACUCAUCUUUUAUCACUUAUUUGGCUCUGUCACACUAUGCGCCUGCAAAAAUGUGAGAUUAAUAUUUGGAACUUUUUUUC